AUAUUGAUAAAUAUUCAAUUUUUAUAGGAAAACAUGGACUUACUCCAAAAUUACGACUCUGAUAGUAGCGAUGAUCAGCAAAAUGCUAAUGAGCCUGCGAUUGAUCCAGUUGCUCUAAACUUAAAAGAUAGUGAUGAAGAAGAGGAAGUCACUAAAGAAGCUCCUGAAGAGAAACAAGUCAAGACUCAAAAAUCUGAAAUUAAGGAGGAAAUUCAGCCAAAAAGUAGUGGGAAGCCUCAAAAGGAAACUCAAGGAACCCUCCCUGAAACUACAGAGGAAAGAAGUACAAAAAGAGUAAAAGUGUCAGAGGAGGAAGAAAUGCCCAAGCCUGUGGCUCCAAAGCCACAGAAGAAGGUAGCUCUUCCUAGUGUUGGAGGUUUGUUUAAAUAACUUCAAGCAAAAACUAAACUGCUUGCAAAGCUCUAAAUAUGAUGUUUACAGAAAACUUCAUUCUCUAAGUAGACAAAAAGAUAUGGAGAGGGAACAGAAAGAUCAUGAAUUAGAGAUGCAAAGAAGGAAAGAAUUCACUGAUAAAAAUAUUGUUGAGGAAGUCAUUGAGUUCAAAGGGGAUAACUAUGUCGAUGAGGAGAUGCUUCGGGAUAAAAUGAAACCAAAGAAGGAGAACCAGUUUGUCAAGAAUCCAAUGGAAAGGACAAGCUUUGAAAUCAGGAAAGCAAGGAGGGAGAAAAGAGAGGAGAUACUGAACAAAUUGGAAUAG